AUGGCCGGCCCUGUUCCAUUUCUCCAACAACAUCAUGCUCCCCAGGGCUCUGUGACCGAUAGCCAUGGUCCUGUCGGGGCACAAGCAGCCCGCCAGUCCCCCCCCCUCGGCGAGGAAACUCUGCAGCCUCAACCCCCGUUCCAACCACUCUUCACCCUCGUCACCGACAGCACCACCCACGCGACACACCACCCCCAGGUGCACUAUGUCUUCUCCGACGAUGACCCCGAAAUCCUCACAGAGGCCCUCGCUCGAUACAGCCACCACGACCCCCCCGGCGAAUCUGCCCCUACGGCCUCACCGCCAGCAGCGCAUCCAAACGAGCGUGCCAUAGUACUCGACCUCGUGCCAAAACCCGCCCACGGCCCCCACGGCCCCCACGGCCCUCACAACGCUCUGUCGAGUCUGGGCUACGAUGUGGCCUGGGUGUCGUCCCUGUCCCCCGACUGGGCCGUCGUAACCGCAAGAACCAGCGCCAUGACGGAAGAGAGCAGCAACAACGUCAUCACCCUGGACGACGAGGCCGGCGCAGGCCAGCGGCUGGUUCUCCGCAUCCAAGGUGUCAGCGACAGUGCUGUUUCGUCCGUCUCCACGGCAUCGCAGGGACCCAGCGCACGUCCAAGGAGGCCUUCUCUUGAGGACCGAGACCUCCGCAUGUCGGCCUCCUCGCCUUCAGUGGCCGCCCCGGAUAGGACUCGAGAGGACUACGGAGCCAUCGUUGACGAGUUUGACAAGAGGAUGAACAUACUGCGCAAGGUGGUGGAAGCCGGGCUCGACAGACAGCGGAAUUCCCCUGUGGCUCACUUUGCCGACGGCGGCGAGUUCCCUGCUGGCGCAGCCGCACAGUGA